GUGGGCGGCCGGGGGCGGGGACGCGGGGCGGCGGGCGUGUCCGAAGUCGCGCGCGGCUGGCGCGCGGUCCCGAGUGAAAGGAGAAGGAGGGGGCGCUGGGGGUGACGGUGCGGAGCUGCUGCCAGCGCUGGGCGAGAGUCGGCGGCCGGAUCCGAGGAGCAGGCGGGCCUGAGGCCGAGUCAGCUGCGCGGGCCCCCGGAUCCCCCGACAGAGCGGCGGCGGUGUCUGGCCAGGCGGUAGGCGCUGCCUGGCCGCGGCGGGGAAGAUGUUCAGCGUAGAGUCGCUGGAGCGGGCGGAGCUGUGCGAGAGCCUCCUCACUUGGAUCCAGACAUUUAAUGUGGAUGCACCAUGCCAGACCGUGGAAGAUUUAACGAAUGGGGUUGUGAUGGCCCAGGUUCUUCAAAAGAUAGAUCCUGCAUAUUUUGAUGAAAAUUGGCUAAACAGAAUCAAAACUGAAGUAGGAGAUAAUUGGAGGCUAAAGAUAAGCAAUUUAAAGAAAAUUUUAAAAGGAAUCUUGGAUUAUAAUCAUGAGAUUUUAGGACAGCAAAUUAAUGACUUUACCCUUCCUGAUGUGAACCUUAUUGGGGAGCAUUCUGAUGCAGCAGAGCUUGGAAGGAUGCUUCAGCUCAUCUUAGGCUGUGCUGUGAACUGUGAACAGAAGCAAGAGUACAUCCAAGCCAUUAUGAUGAUGGAGGAAUCUGUUCAACAUGUUGUCAUGACAGCCAUUCAAGAGCUGAUGAGUAAAGAAUCUCCUGUCUCUGCUGGAAAUGAUGCCUAUGUUGACCUUGAUCGUCAGCUGAAGAAAACUACAGAGGAACUAAAUGAAGCUUUGUCAGCAAAGGAAGAAAUUGCUCAAAGAUGCCAUGAACUGGAUAUGCAGGUUGCAGCAUUGCAGGAAGAGAAAAGUAGUUUGUUGGCAGAGAAUCAGGUAUUAAUGGAAAGACUCAAUCAAUCUGAUUCUAUAGAAGACCCUAACAGUCCAGCAGGAAGAAGGCAUUUGCAGCUCCAGACUCAAUUAGAACAGCUCCAAGAAGAAACAUUCAGACUAGAAGCAGCCAAAGAUGAUUAUCGAAUACGUUGUGAAGAGUUAGAAAAGGAGAUCUCUGAACUUCGGCAACAGAAUGAUGAACUGACCACUUUGGCAGAUGAAGCUCAGUCUCUGAAAGAUGAGAUCGACGUGCUGAGACAUUCUUCUGAUAAAGUAUCUAAACUAGAAGGUCAAGUAGAAUCUUAUAAAAAGAAGCUAGAAGACCUUGGUGAUUUAAGGCGGCAGGUUAAACUCUUAGAAGAGAAGAAUACCAUGUAUAUGCAAAAUACUGUCAGUCUAGAGGAAGAGUUAAGAAAGGCCAACGCAGCGCGAAGUCAACUUGAAACCUACAAGAGACAGGUGGUAGAACUACAAAACAGAUUAUCCGAAGAAUCAAAGAAAGCAGAUAAACUAGAUUUUGAAUAUAAGCGGCUAAAAGAAAAAGUUGACAGUCUUCAAAAAGAAAAGGACAGGCUGAGAACAGAAAGGGAUUCUCUGAAGGAAACCAUUGAAGAGCUUCGUUGUGUACAAGCUCAAGAAGGGCAGCUCACAACACAAGGGUUAAUGCCUCUUGGAAGUCAGGAGUCUUCAGACAGUCUAGCUGCAGAGAUUGUUACACCUGAAAUCAGGGAGAAACUUAUUCGUCUUCAGCAUGAGAAUAAGAUGUUAAAGCUUAACCAAGAAGGUUCGGACAAUGAAAAAAUAGCCUUAUUGCAGAGCCUUCUAGAUGAUGCAAAUCUACGCAAGAAUGAACUGGAGACAGAGAAUAGGCUGGUGAAUCAAAGACUUCUGGAAGUACAGUCACAAGUUGAAGAAUUACAAAAAUCUUUACAGGAUCAAGGCUCAAAAGCAGAAGAUUCAGUCCUUCUAAAAAAGAAGCUUGAAGAACAUCUAGAGAAGCUGCAUGAGGCCAAUAAUGAACUACAGAAGAAGAGAGCCAUUAUUGAAGAUCUCGAGCCAAGAUUUAACAACAGCUCCUUAAAAAUUGAAGAAUUACAAGAAGCUUUACGAAAGAAAGAGGAAGAAAUGAAGCAAAUGGAAGAACGAUACAAAAAAUACUUAGAGAAAGCCAAAAGUGUCAUCCGUACUUUAGAUCCUAAACAGAAUCAAGGAGCAGCACCAGAAAUACAAGCUCUUAAAAAUCAGCUCCAGGAACGAGACCGACUGUUCCACUCAUUAGAGAAAGAAUAUGAGAAAACAAAGAGUCAGAGAGAGAUGGAAGAGAAAUAUAUUGUUAGUGCCUGGUACAAUAUGGGAAUGACCCUGCAUAAAAAGGCAGCUGAAGAUAGACUGGCAAGCACAGGCUCAGGGCAGUCGUUUCUGGCGAGGCAGAGGCAAGCGACCAGCAGCAGAAGAUCAUACCCAGGCCACGUGCAGCCGGCCACAGCAAGAUGAGAGACAUGCUUUUAAAGUACAAAACGUUUCUCUUCUACCUUACCCCCUGUUCUACUGACGUGCUUUGCAUGAGAAGCUCAUCUAGAAGAGAGCAACGCUGGAAUAGAGAAGUCUAGACCCUGGCCUUUGAGGGAAAGGACUGCUUUUUUUCUCUCCCAAAUUAGAAAAUUAAAAGUGAAACAUAACACAUAAGGACGAAAUACAAUGUUCUGAAUAUCUUCCACUAAUUAAUUGUUGAAUGAUUAAGUCUCUAAGUAUCUUAACUUCCAUUGUCUUCUUGUUAACCUAGACAAGAGUAGAUUAUUCAGUAGCCACAUGUGACAGUUAAAAUUAGGUAAAAUUAAAACUAUAGUUUCUCAGUGGCCUAGCCACAUUUCAAGUGUUCCACAGUCACAUGUGGAUAGUAGUUACCUAUCAGACAGUACAGGUAUAGAACAUUUCCAGUAUUGCCAAAAAUGCUAUUCAACAGCACUUUUAUUGCCCAGAGAGAAAAUAAGGACAAAAUAAAGGCAGUGAAGUAACUUAAGACAACUCUGAGACUUUACCACCAUACUUAGAGAAAGUUUUUCUCUUAUAAAAAUUAAUACUAAUCCUUUUUAAAGACCUUGGAAAAAAUCAAAACCCCAUUCCUUUAAGCUAGUCUUCAGUAUAUAUUUUUCUAAGAACAGAUUCUCAAUACUUUAUUUUUCAAGUGAUAAAAUCAUUUUAUAAAUCAUUUCUUAAUAUCUUCAGUGUUUUUUCCCUUUUUAUGUAAACUCUUUUAAAAUUGAUAUUAGCUGGGCAUGGUAGCUCAUGCCUGUAGUCCCAGCUACUCCAGAGGUCGAGGCAGGAGCAUCGCUUAAGCCCAGGAGGUUCAGGCUGCAGUAAGGUCUGAUCACACCUGACUGCACUCCAGCCUGGGUGGCAAAGCAAGACCCCUGUCUCUAAAAGAAAUAUAAUAUAAAUUGAUGUUAUAUAGUUAACGUUUAUCAGGCAAAUUCAUAUGAAUGCUUAUUUCAAAUAAAGAUUGAUAGAUUUAAUGAUAUCCUUCCUUUUAAAUUUAUAUAGAUCUAAUGAACAUUGCCAACAGUUUUUUUUUGUUUCUGUCCCUUAAACAUUUCCCCUGAAAGUCCACCUCAAAGGUACAUCAAGAUGCAAACAAUUUUUUCAUCUUCAUAACUUCCUGCUCUUAUUAACUUGUAUUAUGAAUCAAAUUAAGUUUUAUGUAUAAGGCAUUUACUAUUCCAGUGACUUAGCUAAUGAAAACAUUUAAAAAUAUGUAUUAAUUUACUUGGCCUGCUACUAAAGUGCUUAACAUAACUAAAUGGAUCUAUAGUAACAUGUCUAAAUUUUUUAAUGGAAAUAAGGGACUAACCAUAAUCCUUUUGAGUCAGCUUGGUGCUUAGAAUUAUUUUGUUACGAAAUCUUGAUGCUUUCUUCUUUCUCUUUAAAUUUUUGUAAUCAAGCAACAGACUUGAUCCAGCAGUGUCGAAUUCCAAGCAAGUUAUGAUGAAAUUCUUAUUGUAGUUCAAGUACAGAUGAGUAAGUGGUGUGACUUCAGUUUAUUAUCUUCUUGGUGACCUACUUUAGUAUGUGUUCUGUAGCGAUUCAUAUUAGUUAAGGGACGUUUUCAAUAUGCUUGAAAUAAGAAAUAGCAUUUUACUCUAAAUACAAGAAAUGACUGUACACAAAUGCCUAUCAGUGAUUUGGGGCCUUUUAAUGUCUUUAACAGCAAUCUUUUAUUUAUUUAUUUAUUUAUUUUUGAGACGGAGUCUUGCUCUGUCACCAGGCUGGAGCAGUGGCACGAUCUCGCCUCACUGCAACCUCCGCCUCCCGGGUUCAAGCUAUUCUCCUGCCUCAGCCUCCCAAGUAACUGGGACUGCAGGCACAUGCCACCACAUCCAGCUAAUUUUUGUAUUUUUAGUAGAGACGGGGUUUCACCUUGUUGGCCAGGAUGAUCUCGAUCUCUUGAUCUCGUGAUCUGCCCGCAUUGGCCUCCCGAAGUGCUGGGAUUACAGGCAUGAGCCACUGCGCCCAGCCCAAAUCUUUUAUUUUUUAACAGCCUUAGUUAUUUAUAAUUCAAACGCACUAAAAUAUCGUCGCUGUCAUGAACUUUGCUGUUUACAGGUUCUGUGUAAUUCAGAAUGCUUUGUACUUAGAAAAUAAUUUCUAGGCUUAUCUUGUUUUGCAGUUUUCAUGUUUUGACAAUUGCCCCCCAUUUACAACACUCAAUUUUUGAUUAUGAAAUGAAUAGUAAAAUUCAAACAUAUCUAAUAAUAAUUUGCCUUAGUUUGAUUAAUAAAUUAUAUCAAAAAACUUGGGGGUAGAAAGAGGCUUUUUUUUCCCCCUGUAGUAUUUUUAAAACUUUUUAGAUGAGCUGGAUGAAACCUUAGUACAUUGGAGCUGGAGUUGUAUUGAGUACAGCCCCAACUCUGAAGCCUUAUAUUCAUGUCUUAAGUACUAUUGAUUGUUCUGUGAAUUGUUGUUAGUUUCAUAUUUGACAUUGUAGUAAUCCACCUUGCAUUUUAGUCUUUGCAAAAAGGAUAUUGCUAGGUAUAUUCUUAUUUCUGAUUGAGUAUUGAAUUUACAUUUUUCACAAUUUCAUUCUUUGUCAUUAUAAUCCAAAAACAAUGUCCACAUCAGACUUGGAACUUCUCACUUCAAAAAUGAAAUACAGAUUUAGCAGUGUUGUACAUAAUGAUGUCCAAGCAUUUUUCCACCUGUUUACUGAGUUUUCCAACCAUUUACUAUGUGUUGAGAUUGGUGGGUUUUCUGGCUGUUUUUCUGAGGUGAAUGACUUGUUAAAGAGCCUCAGUAAGAAAUUUCAACUAAAAUCACAAAAACAUAAAGUCCAGGAAACCACCAGAAGAUGGAUUUUUAGUGUUUUUGAAAUCUUGUAUUUCCUUUUGAUAUCAUUUACUCAUUUUAAUUUUACGACUGCCAACUUGUUACGGUAUUAAUUAUAUGUAUGUGUUUAUAUGUAUGCAUAUAAUAUAUGUAUAUGUAUAUGAAGAAUAAAGUUAAGAUUUGGUCAAACUAUAUUUUCCCAUUCAAGUACAAAAAUGUUUUCAAGGCUGCAAAAAGUGUACAGUUGUUAAACAAGUUGUAAAUAAAGACUUGUAUAAAAAUUCA